UCGUUGAGCCCAAAAGUACUUGAUUAGAAAAAUCUAUCAACUUUGAAAUAGCAUUUUUGUUCCUGUUUUACAGUUAUUACAAUUAAAUAAUUUUUGAAAAAGAUCUUUGACAAUGGUCCGCCUGUGUCUAAUGCUUCUAGCAAGAAGAAGACCUUUCCCUCAGCAUAUUAGUGAAUACGCUAUACCAGAGAGUUACAAGCAUAUAAAACAUGGACAAGUAAAAUGGCGAGACUAUAAAUCAACGUAUGUGGAACCACCAUAUUAUUACAAAUGGACAAUGGAUUCGCCAUAUUCUCCGAUGGAGCAAAGAAAAAUUCGUGCUAAGGAACAUAUUAAUUGGUACAGGCAUAAUUAUGAUAAAAUUAAAUAUACGCCGCCGGAUAAAUGGCUUUUCCAUGUCGGCGAUAAAGUUGAAAUCCUUGCCGGAAAAGAUAAAGGAAAAAAGGGUGAAGUUGUCAUGAUUGUGCCGCAGAGAAAUUGGGUUGUUGUUGGUGGCCGUAAUUUUAAAUACAGGCAAACAGAAUCGAAUGAAGUACACGCUGAAGAGCAACCACUAGAACAUGACGAAGUCGCUCUCCUUGACCCUGUCGAUAAUGAAAAAACCGACAUAGAAUUUAAAGCAAACGAAAAAGGAGAUUUAGUUAGAGUUUCUGUACGUUCUGGGCACGUAAUUACAAUACCUUUGGAAAUGCUGGCUGAUAGAACUUUAAAAUGCGAAUACUUGGAACAGUCUAAAGACACAAAUGUAGAUGAUGCUUUGAAAAGAACAUUUACACCUUCAAUAUCCACUGUAGAACAGGAAUUAGAGAAACAAUUUAAUGUUGAAACAAUGGAAAAAGAGUUUUAUUGGUAUUAGAAUUUGAGGGGUUCCCAGAUAUUUGGAAAAAAUUUGACAGGUUAUCUCAUCGAAAUAUGAAACUAUAUUUACCAAAGUUUUUCAAUAAAAAGCUAAAGUUCAAAAAUCAAGAAAUUCACGCUUUACUCAUAUUUAAAAACAGUAAACUUUUGGAAUUUGUGGGUAAAUCAAAUAUAGA